CUACCUUCCACCAGCACCAUCAACGAGAGAAGGUACAAAGGAAGGGCGGAGGCUUUAGCUUUAAUUCCGUGCAAUCUAGAUUUUCUCGCGGAUAAAAUUUCCUGAAACCCAAUUCUUUCGAUUUUCGGAUUUCGGAUUUCGGAGUUCUUUAGGUCUUCUGUCUUCGUCUUCCCCACUUCCUGCAAAAUAUCCAAUCAACCCUCCCUUCUCUCCGUUAUCUGCGCCCAGCUUUCCCUCCUCAUACAGGUAGAGGAACCUCCUACAAACAAGCUCUUUAGUGAAAUUACAAAGGGUAUUCAGCAUUUAUUUACCUCGGAGGGAGGGUACUGGUUUGUAGGGGGCUGUGGGACUUCUGCGAGCUUAGUGUCCUCUCUCGUUAUUUUUAUAUUAUAGUUAUUGUCUCAAGAAAUUUGUUCUUGAUGCGCAUGCUUGACCUGAUCGAGCCUUAUAUAUGAGAUUGUUUGAGGGGAUUUCGGUUCAAGGAAGUAAUUGAAGUCAGACAAUAUGGGUGCUGUUUGUUGCUGCUUGCAUGCGGAAGAUUUUGAGGAGUAUAUGAAUCCCAACAGUUCGGUAUAUAGGAACUGUGUGUGUCUCAGUUGUUUUGUUCAGAACUUCUUAAAUGCGUAUAACUUAUUAUUCCGAAGAGGGGAAGUCCAUUCUGUCCCCUCAUCCAUUCAGGGAGCAGCAUCUAUGACAUCUUCUGCAUCACUAGACAACUCUCUUUCAGACAUCUAUCGCUCUCUUCCAAGGCCCUUGCCAUAUGAUGCUGACACCAGAUAUUUCCGCUUGCAGCGUGAUGGCCUUGUUUCAAGACGUGAGAAGGGUUCAAGUCACUCACAAGAGGAAACAGAACCUUUAAGAGGUAAUAAUGAUGUGGAUUCUGAGUCAUUGAACACGGGAGACAAAUGGAAUGCUUGUGAAGAAGGAUCAAAGGAACAAUAUUCAAAAUCCUCACAAAGGCUCUCGACAGCAAAAUCAGCAUCUGGCAUUGGGUAUGUUUAUUCAUCAUCAGAAGAGGAAGAUAUCUGCCCAACAUGCCUUGAAGAAUAUACUCCUGAAAAUCCCAAGAUAAUGACAAAAUGUUCCCACCAUUUCCACCUUGGUUGUAUUUAUGAAUGGAUGGAGAGAAGUGAAAAUUGCCCUGUUUGCGGAAAGGUUAUGGAUUUCGAAGAAACAACUUGAUCUUGCCUAAGAAAGGCCUGUGUUGUGGAUCAAAAUCAGUGACAAUCAAGGGGAGGGGUAAAAAAAUGAUGUGUAGAGUAUUUUGUGAAUAUUCCAGGUUAAAAGUGUUUGUCAUUGUCCAUUUGUCCGUAAAUAUGAAAAUUGUUCUCCAAAAGAAUUGUGGGUACAUUCUCUUUAUGAUGCCCUUGAACAGGGGAAAUUUUACCUUUUUUGAUUGCAAUGAAAAGAAAUUAUGUGAUGAAGCUGUGUUCAAUGGCAUAUUUUUUCAGUGUUAUU